AUGUCGCAGCAAGCAUCGCUCCAGUCCUUUUUUACCCAGUCUUCCCAACAAGGAACAGCCCCCCCGCAAAACAGGAACACUCCGGUUCCCGACCCAACCCCAUCCGGAGCUCAGGAACAGGAAUUCUCCUCGAUCUUUGCAACAGAAUCCGACUACAACGACCCAUACCAACCAAGAAUUGACUACCUCUACCCGAGCGUUGUCCCCCAGGACACUCACACCCAGACGGACCUGAACUAUAUUACCUGGGCCAUCAGACAUGCCACCAGCCGGAUCUGCCCACCCUCCGACAGGAUUGAAAUCCUCGAAGAGCAAACGACUACACUCCGGAGAACAGUGGAUACACUGAAACACCAAAUUGAGGCGCAGACAAACAUGAUCACCAAUAUGCAUUCGGCGAUCCACGCCCUCCUCAGCAAACAACCACAACCGCAGCAACCGCAGCAACCGCAACAACAGCAACAACACCAACAACAGCAACAACAGCGAAAACCACAACAACCGCAGGGACAGAGAAUGCCCCCUCCAGCGGUCCCCCAAACAGUUCCCCAAGCAGCGCCACAGGCAGCUCCUCAGGCCCCCCCACCCGCACCUCCCCAACAAGCCCCACCCCGUGGAUGGAAGGCAGGCACCUGGGCCGCCGUGGCCUCAGCACCCAGUCCUGCCCAAGGAAACUUCCAGGUCAUCGAGAGAAGAAAGAAGCCCGCAAAGCCAAAAGCGGACCCCCUCUUUAAACCAGAGUACACCAAAAUCAACAGGGAGAUCAUUGUUGAAACUACUGCCCCAACCGACGUUAACCCCUCCGAGAUCAGGACCCUCGUCAAUGCAAGAAUCCAAGAUGAGUCCUGCCACUUCCUCUAG